CCAUAAUUCAACUAAAUUGAACGGUCUCCUCUUCAUCUUCAUCUCCAUCUCCUCCACCGUUUCUUCAUUGAUAUCUUUUCUCUAAUGGCGGUUGAAGCGUUUUCCGAGAUAGCCGCGGCGAGGAGGAUUCAGAGACUGUCGUCACAUAUAUCUCCCGCCUUAACGGAGCCGCCGCAGCUGCAGACGGAGGCGUGCUCUUCGCGGUCAAAGAAGCUGGUCGUCAACGGUCAGGCGCUGUCUCUCUACAUGAAGGGGAAACACAGGGAUAUUCAGGAGAAGGUGCACGAGUUCUACAACUCUCGUCCCGAUUUGCAGACACCAUUAGAGAUCUCGAAGGAAGAUCAUAGAGAGUUGUGUAUGAGGCAGCUUUAUGCGCUCGUGAGAGAAGCUGGUAUAAGGCCGUUUAGGUAUGUGGCGGAUGAUCCGGCUAAGUAUUUUGCGAUCAUGGAAGCUGUUGGUAGUGUGGAUAUGUCGUUUGGGAUCAAGAUGGGUGUUCAGUACAGUCUUUGGGGAGGCUCUGUGAUCAACUUGGGAACCAAGAAGCAUAGAGACAAGUAUUUCGAUGGCAUUGACAAUCUAGACUACCUUGGUUGCUUUGCUAUGACUGAACUCCACCAUGGAUCAAAUGUUCAAGGUCUUCAAACCACAGCCACGUUCGAUCCCAUCACAGACGAGUUCGUAAUCAACACACCACACGACGGAGCCAUCAAAUGGUGGAUAGGAAACGCCGCAGUCCACGGAAAGUUCGCAACAGUUUUCGCCAGGCUCAUCCUUCCAACGCACGACACCAAAGGAGUCUCCGACAUGGGUGUUCAUGCCUUCAUAGUUCCCAUAAGAGACAUGAAAACACACCAGACCCUCCCAGGCGUCGAGAUUCAAGACUGCGGACAGAAAGUAGGCCUGAACGGAGUCGACAACGGUGCGUUAAGGUUCCGUUCUGUUCGAAUCCCACGUGACAACCUUCUCAACCGCUUUGGUGACGUGUCACGAGACGGCAAGUACACAAGCAGCUUACCUACGAUCAACAAAAGAUUCGGUGCAACGCUCGGUGAGCUCGUAGGUGGACGAGUGGCUCUCGCUUACUCAUCCGUUGGUGUUCUCAAAGUCUCGGCCACUAUUGCUAUACGUUACUCGCUGUUGAGACAGCAGUUUGGUCCUCCGAAGCAGCCUGAGGUUAGUAUUCUUGAUUACCAGUCACAACAGCACAAGCUCAUGCCGAUGUUAGCUUCCACGUACGCGUACCAUUUCGCGACAGUGUACCUCGUGGAGAAAUAUUCGGAGAUGAAGAAGACUAACGAUGAGCAGUUAGUUGCUGAUGUACAUGCGCUCUCUGCUGGUCUCAAAUCUUAUAUAACGUCUUACACGGCUAAGUCACUCUCGGUCUGUAGAGAAGCUUGUGGAGGACAUGGUUAUGCAGCUGUUAACAGAUUUGGAAGCUUGAGGAAUGAUCAUGAUAUAUUCCAAACGUUUGAAGGAGACAACACGGUGCUUCUGCAACAGGUGGCAGCUGAUUUACUGAAGAGAUACCAAGAGAAGUUCCGAGGUGGGACUUUGACAGUCACAUGGAGUUACUUGAGAGAGUCGAUGAGCUCUUAUUUGGCUCAGCCAAAUCCAGUUACAGCUCGUUGGGAAGGUGAAGAUCAUCUUAGAGAUCCUAAGUUCCAACUAGAUGCUUUCCGGUAUCGAACAUCGCGUCUCCUACAAAGUGUUGCAAUGAGACUAAAGAAACACAGCAAGACACUUGGAACAUUCGGUGCUUGGAAUAGAUGCUUGAAUCAUCUCUUGACACUAGCAGAAUCUCAUAUUGAGUCAGUCAUUCUCGCCAAGUUCAUUGAAGCUGUUAGAAACUGUCCGGACCCAAGUGCAAGAGCUGGUCUGAAACUAGUAUGUGAUCUGUACGCAUUGGACCGGAUAUGGAAUGAUAUAGGAACGUACCGCAACGUGGACUAUGUGGCGCCAAACAAAGCCAAGGCGAUUCAUAAGUUGGCUGAGUAUUUGAGUUUCCAAGUGAGGAACGUGGCCAAGGAGCUAGUGGACGCGUUCGAGUUGCCUGAUCAUGUUACUCGAGCACCUAUUGCCAUGCAAGCUGAUGCUUAUGCACAGUAUACUCAAGUUGUUGGAUUCUGAAAAUUGUGAAAAUGAAUAAAGAUAUCUAUGUCUCAAGAUUGAAGAAAGAUCUCAUGUUUGGAAUAUAUUAUAUAGUUGCAAUGUAUUAAAAACAGAGUGAAGAGACAAAACAGAGGAAUAUUCUGUUGUUUGUUCCUUGCUCAAUGCUAUAAAGUGGGGUUCCUUGUUCAA